CGCAGAGUUUCAGGUUCGCACGCGAGAUUCUGCCUAUGUGGCAGGCGGAGAGGAUUAACGUUAGCUCGAGCAAGGCCGACCGUGGCGAGGGAGGGGGAUCAACACUACAAACCGAAAGUUAACCAGGAGAGGUGAAUGAUUAACGACGACGGGAGUGUCCACGCGAACUCGCCUGAUCUUACCGCCGUCCGAUCCAAUCGCUCGCUCUACCUGAAGCGCGACUCUCUCACGCGGCCCCGGGACACACUAGAGUCCUCCACCGACCGGUCCGCCCCUCGCGGGGUCGCUCCAGAGCGAAGGCAUGCGCUGCAGGCACUCCCAGACGUGCUGACCUUGUUUUGAAACUUUUGGGUUGUGUCAGUGUGUGUGUGUGUGUGUGUGUGUGUGUGAGAGUGUGUGAGUGUGAGAGAGAGAUAGAGAUAGAGAGAGAGUGAGUGAGAGAGAGAGAGAGAUAGAGAGAGAGUGAGUGAGAGAGAGAGAGAGAUAGAGAGUAAUAGAGUGUGUGUGAGAGAGAGUCUGUGUUUGUGAGAGGGAGAAGAGACUGGUGAGGAAAUGACCACGGAAGGGCACGCGACGCGGCCAGACGGUCCCAUGUCGGCGCCACCGAGUCCUACCAGUCCUCUCGCGCCGCCGGAGCCGGACGAGGAGCAGCAGUCGUCGAUUACGGACGCCACGCAGGCGGGGAUUAAGUUCGCCAAGACGUUCUUGCUCAUCUUCCCGAUCUACGUGCUGGGGUAUCUCGAGCUCAGCUUCAGCUGGGUCCUGAUCGUGCUCGCGCUGCUGUUCUGGUGGCGAAGGACGCACGGGCACCGUAACACGCACAUCAACCGCGCGCUGGCCUUCUUUGAGCACGAGGAGAAAGUCGCACGGCAGAGUUUACCAUCAUCCGAGCUGCCACCGUGGGUGCAUUUCCCUGAUGUGGAGCGAGUAGAAUGGCUUAACAAGACGGUGAAACAGAUGUGGCCUUUCAUCUGUCAAUUUGUGGAUAAACUUUUCCGAGAGACCAUCGAACCAGCCGUCAAAGGAGCCAACACACACCUCAGUUCCUUCUGCUUCACUAAGAUAGAUAUGGGAGACAAGCCCCUCAGGGUGAAUGGAGUGAAGGUCUACACUGAGAAUGUAGAUAAACGACAAAUCAUUAUGGACCUUCAGAUCAGUUUUGUUGGAAACACGGAGAUUGACGUGGACAUCCAGAAGUACUACUGCAGAGCAGGCAUCAAGAGUAUACAGCUGCAUGGAGUCCUGCGGGUCGUCAUGGAGCCGUUGCUAGGAGACAUGCCCCUGAUUGGAGCUCUGUCAGUUUUCUUCCUCAAGAAGCCUCUGCUGGACAUCAACUGGACAGGGCUGACCAACAUGUUGGACAUUCCUGGUCUGAAUGGGCUGUGUGAUAACAUUAUCCAGGACAUCAUCUACAGCUACCUGGUGCUGCCCAACAAGAUCAGCAUCCCUCUAGUGGGGGACACCCAGCUAGCGCAGCUACGCUUCCCUAUGCCCAAGGGUGUGUUGCGAGUGCACUUCCUAGAGGCCCAGGACCUGCUGGGGAAGGACAAGUUCCUGGGCGGGCUCAUCAAGGGGAAGUCUGACCCCUACGGGGUCAUCCAGGUAGCCAAUCAGCUCUUCCAGAGUCGCGUCAUCAAGGAGACCGUCAAUCCACGCUGGAACGAGGUCUAUGAGGCAUUGGUGUAUGAUCACCCUGGGCAGAAUCUUGAGAUUGAGCUGUUUGACGAGGACACCGAUAAAGAUGACUUUCUUGGCAGUCUGACUAUUGAUGUGGCGGAACUGGAGAAAGAGCAGAAAGUGGAUGAGUGGUUUGAAUUGGAGGAAGUGGCAUCAGGGAAGUUACAUAUGAAGCUGGAGUGGCUGUCUCUGUUACCUGCACCUGACAAGCUGGACCAGGCUCUCAGCAGUAUAAAGGCAGAGAAGGGUCAGGCUGAUGAUGGACUCUCAUCUGCUCUGCUGUUGGUGCACCUGGACUCAGCUAAACACCUGCCGCGCAAUCCUUUAGAAUUCAAUCAUGCGGGGUUGAAGAAGACUUCUGUCAAUAAAGCACUAAAGUCAGGGAAGAAGGUGACGAGCGACCCGAGCCCCUUUGUGCAGUUCACCGUGGGACACAAGAGCUACGACAGCAAGACGCGGUAUAAGACCAAUGAACCGGUCUGGGAAGAAGCUUUCACAUUCCUGAUACACAAUCCAAAGACACAGAAGCUGGACGUUGAGGUGAAGGACGAGAAGCAUGAGUGCUCUCUGGGCAUGCUCAGUCUGCCCCUCUCUCAGCUGCUGGAAGCUGACCAGAUGACCCUCAACCAGCGCUUCCCUCUCAGCCAAUCAGGGCCCAGCGCGACGCUCAAGAUGAAAAUGGCACUUAGGGUGCUGUGUGUGGAGAAGCUGGCUCAGUCUGAUCAGCCGUCGUCCGUUCAGAUUCGCCGGUCCAGUUCUAGUGUCCCGCCCACUCCCGCCAUGCCCCGCCCCUCAAACACCACAGCCAAUCAGGUGCCCCCUCCUGAGAUGGUGGUGGAGCCCGCGCCCGCACACACACACCCACACACACCGUCACACACACACACACACACACACGCCCCCGCGGAGCCGCCCGCCUCCCCCCAACGGCUGCAGGAGGGGAGGAGCAUGUCCAGCCUGGCCAUCUCUGAUUCGCUGUCGCAGUUCAACAAGGAGCCAACCCCGUCCAUCGCCUCGGAUAUCUCCGCCCCUUACGCCACGCAAGAGCUACAACAUCGCCUGGAGCAGUUACACAAUGGGUCUCCUAGUUCAUUCCCUCUGGGGGAGGUGCAGUUGACGGUCAGACACAGCUCCCAACGGAACAAACUCAUCGUGGUGGUGCACGCUUGCAGGAACCUGAUAGCCUUCACAGACAGUGGCUCUGACCCCUAUGUGCGGCUCUACCUGCUGCCAGACAAACGCCGAUCUGGGAGACGGAAAACACACACAAUCAAAAAAACACUCAACCCUGUGUUUGACCAGACGUUUGAGUUCAGCGUCUCCAUUGUGGAGCUGCACAGGCGGACACUUGAUGUGGCCGUGAAGAACGGAGGAGGACUGCUGUCCAAACACAAAGGCCUUCUGGGAAAGGUGUUGGUGGAUCUGUCCUAUGAAGACAUUUCUAAGGGCUGGACCCAGUGGUAUGAGCUGAGUGAAGAUGGUUUGAGGAAACCCCCUCAGCUGUGAGGAUGAUACGAAAAGAAAACUACAAAUUACAGCUGUGACGGACUACAAAAAUGGCCGCCUAGCUGAAGCGUUGUGUCUUAGCGCACCUGCACAAUCUCUAUGUAUCAAAGGAGUUUUUUAUUGUUGUAACCUUUACUCGUUAUUUUACAUACGAACUGACAUCCUUUUUUAAUGCUAAUCUCCUGAUCAUUAUGCAAUGUGCCACAUGGUACAAUGACUUUGUUUAGCACACACACACACACAUACACGCCACACACACACAGACAGAAAUACACACGCACACACACACACACACAUGCACACACUGAAAUAGGCAGAUAGACAGACACACACACAUACAGAUAGACACACACACCUGUGGUGUCUGCUACUGAAAGGGAAAUGGAGAGAGAGAGAGGGAGAGAGAGGGAGAGAGGGAGGGAGGGAGAGGGGGAGAGAGGGAGAGAGGGAGAGAGGGAGAGGAUGGGAAACCGAAAGGGACGAGGAGCCAAAGGGAUUCUGAACCAAAUGAAAGCAGACGGAUGUCUUGCUCACACACACACACACACACACACACACACACACACUCAAUCCUAGCUAUGUUUGCAGGAGUCCCUGCAACACACACUGAUGUCUCACACACUGAUGUCUCACACAUGACUUGUCCAACUCCGUCAUCUGACACUGACCACACCCACAACAUUGACCACACCCACAACAUUGACCACACCCACAACCCUGACCACACCCACAACCCUGACCACACCCACAACAUUGACCACACCCACAACAUUGACCACACCCACAACCCUGACCACACCCACAACCCUGACCACACCCACAACAUUGACCACACCCACAACAUUGACCACACCCACAACCCUGACCACACCCACAACCCUGACCACACCCACAACAUUGACCACACCCACAACCCUGACCACACCCACAAUCAUAACAAUCCAUUGCACAUAUGACCACACCCACAUCGUCUGCCUUGUUUUGUUUUGGCCCCUCCUCCAUGCUAUGGCUAUGCCCAUUGUAUUUAGCCCCGCCCCAGGGGUCAUGUUAAUCCUCUGGCCUAUCAGAGCCCCACAUCGCUUCACAUCAUCUAACUGUUCCAUCACACACACACACACAUUCACACACACACACACACUCAUGACUAUAUAACAUAUCACACACACACACACACACACAUACACACACACACACUCAUGACUAUAUAACAUAUCUGCCAUGUACUCCUAUAACUGCUCCACAUGCCACCGUAUAUCCAUAUAACUGCAGCGCAUACUGUUGUGUAUCUUGGACAAACCCACGUAUCUGUGGUUAUGGAUCUGUACUCUCUCACCUAAUGUUGUUUGUUUGUCUUCAUUUGUGUUUGGAUCUGUGUUCCUACACACACACACACACACACACACACACACCAGUCUGCAUGUGUGUGCAGGUUCACUGUUACAGGUUAUUAGGUCACGGUUGGAAGUUUACCUGUCUGCACUGCCACCUGAGACGUUUUGAGAUACGGUUUACAGAUCAUUCUCUCUCUCACACACACACACACACACACAUGGUGUCACGCUCACAUUCCUGUGUUGCAAGACUGUUCUUCACAUAUUUGUUUUGUUUUUUUAAAAUGGAAAUAAUAUAAUUAUGUGAACAUUAUAUUCUCCUGAAAAUGCUGCACCACAUACGCCAAGUCCUGUAUUUUUCUCUGGAGACUGCAGUAUGUCAGCUAGCUGAUCAAAUUGCUAGUCAGCUAGGAGAUCUGAUUCCAAGUUCGUGGUUUAGUCACAAACCUGGGACAGUUAACUCAGACUAAGUGGGAAACUUCCUAAUAUUACUAUCAAAACAAUGCCAUAGGACUGUUGUUGUAGGAGGUUUAGCACUUAGUCUGAGUUAACUUGGCCAGGUUUAUCACUAAACCACGUACUAAGAAUACACAUCUGGAUACUAGUCAGCUAGCAGAUCAGAAUGCUAGUCAUCCAUGGGAGCACACGCAACAACACACACCUGCAUGAAAGGGAUGACUACGCUACCGACCUGGCUAAUGCUAAUGCUAGCUCAGUGCUGAGGUGUGUGACGUCAGUGCUCUCUGUCAUGGAGAGCUGGGGCUAAUGUUAGCGUUAUGUAAACGCUGUAUGUGUUCUAUGCAGGUGCUAAUGCUUACAUUAGCUCAGCAUGAUGGAUGGACACUGACGCUAACAUUAGCUCAGCAUAAUGGAUGGACACUGAUGCUAGCAUUAGCAUAGUAAGUUUUUUGCUAUAUUGCUAAUGCUAAUGUUACCUCAGGUCCGUUAGCGUUAGCACCAGGAAUGCUGGCACGUUUCACUGCUAUCCAUUGGUUAUCCUCUACAGGGGAGGGGCAAGUGCCAGCCACUCCCAUUAAUUGUGCCUUAAACCCCGCCCCCAGUCCCUGCAGGAGCUUCAGAGUGCCUCGGUUUCACUUGUCUACCAAUAAAACGCUGUGGUUGUAGCCAUGGUAACAAA